AUGUCUCUCCAGCCUCCGGAGCCCCUUGGCCCGUCGGCUCUCGCUCUCCCUUCUCCCUCUCCGCUCCCAAACGGCCAUUCAAAGCCCCUUCCUCUUUCGAAGAGCUCGUCGCCCAUGAAUCCACCCCCGCCACCGCCGCGGUCUUCGCAUACGCCGACUUCGAGACAUCAGACGCCACAGAGGACGCUUGAGCCCGCCACCUCUACUAUAACUCAGGCUGGACCUUCAACAACACCACCUUCGACCUCCCGUCCACGAAUGUCGCCACCCGCCCGUUCACCACGUCCUUCCUCCUCCGCAUCGCCUUCCCAUCCCAUCCCCUCCUCCUCUUCACACCCACCGCCACCUUCAUCCACUACACGAACACAAACACAAACACCGACGCCUCCCUCUCAACUCGCUUCAAUACUCAGCACUGUCCUGUCCGAGAACGAAUCUUUGAAAGCGGAGUUGGAGACGCUUAGGGCUCGGUUGGCUAGGAGUGAGGAUGUGAGGGAGUUGGUGGGGUUGUUUCCGGAGGGUGUUAUGCCUGUCGUUCCUUCGUCUUCCAUUUCCACAACUGAGGAGACGGGUGCGGAGGCUGCAUCACAAGAAACAGCACCGUCCAAUAUCGAUACCGACGCGCCACCGCCACCUACCUCCGCCCCCGCCCCUUCUGCAUCCAUAUCAACAGAACAAAGACAACAACUCCCCCAUCAAAUCAUCGCCCGCCUCGCAAUCCUUGAAUCUGAACUGCAUACCACCAGAACCGCGCUCGAGGCCUCCGAAACUCGACUACGUGAGUUCAUCCUAUCAUCUUCCCAUACUGUCCUCUCUGCAUCCUCAUCCUCAUUCUGUACUGCCCUCUCUUCGUCGCAUACUGCCCUCUUUGCAUCGCAUACUGCCCUCUCUUCAUCGCAUAUUGCCCUCGUCAUCGCAAUCGCAAUUGCACGAUAUCACUUCCGCCUACUCACCCUCACCUCUCGCGUACUUACCCUCACCUCACCUACAGGCGAAACCGUAUCCCACCCCGCCACCGCACCCUCCGAAUCCUCACGUCUGCGAGACCUCCGCGCCGAAUACGAAUCCCGCCUCCGCGCAACUAGCGAAUCAUACGACGCACGCCUCCUUAACCUCCGCGCCGAAUACGAAACACGCACCCGUCAACUCACGGAAUCGUAUGAAUCCCGCAUCCGUGCAGCAAGUGAAGCGUGGGCCGAAGUAGAAAGAUGGAUGGGAGGGGUGGAGAGGGGGGUUGGCGAGGCGAGGGGGUGGGUUGGUGCCGUUGGGAGUGUUCAUUCAAAUUUUAGUCUCGGUGGAGGAUUUGGGUUUGGGGGGAUGAGGGAGAUUGAAGGUGCGACAGAAAGCAUGGGAACAGGUGUUGGUGGAAGGGGAUUAGGACUUGGGCUGGGACCGAUACCGACGAUUCAAUUCCCGCGACUACCCUCCACAUCCGCCUCCACAUCCGCCUCCACAUCUUCCGCCCUCGCACUGACACGAAGUCAUACCUCCGCACACCCACAUGGACAUGGACCAGGAGGAGUUGGAGUUGGACCAGGAGGAGCGGCGUCGUCGGCCUCGUUGAGUCAGUUGGCGUUACCGCCUGUGCCGGCGCAGCCUUUGUUGCAGAGUGGACAGUCUUCGGCGCAACAGUCUUCCGCACUAGCUCAAUCACAACAAUCACAAAGUGGCUCGCAAUUACAAGGUCAAUCACAAGCACAAGCAGGAGGAGGAGGAGGAGCAGGAGGAGGAGCAGGAGCAGGAGCAGCAGCAGGAAGUGGAGGGAGGAGACAGAGGACGGAGAGUGUGGUUUCACGAGAUGGUGGUGGGAGAGAGGGGAGAGAGGGACGGGAGGGAGAACCGCCGAUGAAGAGGAUGAGGGGGGAGAACUGUAAUGCUGACUUUGACCGUUUCUCACUCUCACUCCAACCCGCUCUCAAUUUCUUCAAUACAGCCAACCUCGCCACUUUCCUUCCGCCCCCCAUCCCGCUCCCACCCACAUGUACACUCCCGCCCACACUCGCACUCACAUUCCCAUUCCCAUUCACACUCACACUCACAUUCGCAUUCACAUCAAUCCUCGCCUCUAUUCCCCCAUCCUCCCUCUUCUUCAGCGUUACCGUUAUCAGGAUCAUUAUCCGUGGCAGCUGGACAGCUGCCUCCGCCGCCUAG